AUGAGGCACAAGGGCUGGGAUACUGUUCGGUCGCCCAAGCCUAGACAGGGGAAGUCGGAGGCAGAGGGUCGGGUUCGAACCACGGACCUUCCGGAGGAAACACUUAAAAGCAUUGGUGUGGUCGCACGCAAUUCGAUAUUCUGGACAGAUCGCGGUGCCUCUUACAAACAGAGUUCAACACUGGUUGUUGGUCUGUCCGCCGAGCCUGGAAUUUGGAUUGAAGAGGUUUCAUCACUAACCGAGGUGAUAUCUGGAGGGUUGAGUGGGUGCACUGACAUUGUCACCAAGCGUUUGCAAUUUGACUGCCAGGCUCGCCGAACAGACCAACAACCAAGAAGCGCACCCGGGCUACCUACCUUGCGCAAAAUUGCCAGAGUUCACCACUUUCACCAUCGAUGCCUUUUUAGAGGAUGUCUAUCAUCGCAUCAUCUUCAACAAAAGUGUGAUGAGAACAGCUCGGCUCAUACACAAAGUGUAAAGUGCUACUGCAAGACUGGGUGGGCUCGAACCCUAGCCUCAUGCUUGCGGAUGAACCGAUUGAGGUAG